AUUCACUCAAUUCAAGAACAUUUCAUACACAUCCUCCAAUCUCCAGAAUUACUCGAGUAGGCACAUAAUUUCAACAGUUUGACAAGAUUUGCCGUAGUGAAUUGAAUUUGUCCCAGAAGUCAUGAAGGCAGCAUUUAUUUUAUUCGCAAUUUUCGAAUUGAGUCUGCUUCAGAAUGUUACUAAUAACUCCGGAAGAAAAUAUUACUUCAAAAUGGGUAAAAACAAUAGUGAAGUGAGAGUGCAUAACAGAAUUCAUUAUCUCAACCAUAAUAUAACCGAUUAUGAAUAUCCUAAUCGGCGCGGGGGCGCAACGAACUUUCUUAAUUUUGAGGAAAAGAAAACGACGAUCCUUCCACAAUAUUUGGAUGAAGAAUGGAAUUACCAGCACAAAAACCAGUCUAAAAAUAAUUUACCAAAAUUUAUACAAAAGUUCUAUGAAAGGGCAAGUGAAGAACAAACGUCUUCCAACGUCAACACGAGAAUACUUUUCAAUACAAACAGAAAUAGUUCAAGCGGUAUUCUGUUCUUCAAUCUGGAUAGCGUGGAUGCAAACGAAAACAUUCUAGAUGCGGAUUUGUAUUUUUACUGGCCAUUAAAAAAUACUUCGAGUAUUCACAGAGAAUCCGUGGUGCUACGCUUGUAUCAGUUGGAAAGCCAGUUCGAUGAAGACUUGAACGAAACUAAUUCGAUACAGAAUCCCGAUGUUCAUAAACUUUUCAAUGUCAUAUAUGUUUCCAAAGCGCAGAAAGGAUGGCAGAUUUUCAAAGUAAAAAAACCCAUCGACAAUUGGCUAACAGGAGAAGAAAAUUUGGGUCUUAUCCUAACGAUUUCAAGUUACGACGACAAUAAAUUGGUAGAGAUAUUCAAGGACUCGAACGAGGGAAUGUUUAGAACCUUUAUUGCAAUUAAAGUUCAAAAUAACAGUACACUUUCAGAUGUCACAGAACAAUUUCCCACUAAAGCAUCAGAGAUCUCUGCUGAAUGCCAGAGAAAAGAGUGGGUUGUUAAUUUUCGAAAUCUAGGAUGGGACCAAUUUAUAAUUACUCCAGAUAGCUUCCUGGCCAACGACUGCUCUGGGAAGUGUUUGAAGCCAAAACUCGAAGAUAAAAAUCAUGUGAAACUUCUCCAUAUUUUUCAAAAAAGGUCGCUGUGUUGCGUACCAGUAAAGUACCGUUCUCAACCAAUAAUGUAUUUUGACAAGUUCGAUAACAUCGCCAUUAAAAAUUAUGAUAACAUUAUUGCGACGGAAUGUGGAUGUAGAUAAUUUAUUUUAAGAAUUAGUUUGGAAUAUACCCUGUUAAUUAUGUGUCGACAAACAGAAAAUAUUCAUAGCAAGUCAGUUCUACUGAGUAAUUCACCAAUAAAUGGGAUGAGGUUCAAAA